ACGUAGAUGGGUUUUUAUGAUAAGACCAUGGAAAUCUUUAAUGCAGCAAGGGUUGCUGGUUUGAUAGUUGAUAAGUUCACCUUUGCAGGUGCUCUAAAUGCGUGUGGUCAAACUGGGGAUCUUGAGUUGGGUAAGCUGAUUCAUGGGUCAGUUAUCGUGAGUGGAUUGGGUGCUAAAGUGUUUGUAACCAAUUCGCUCAUUGAUAUGUACUCAAAAUGUGGUGAGGUUAAUAGGGCCAGGCUUUUGUUCGAGAUUUCUGAUGAUUUGGAUGAAGUUUCUUGGAAUUCAAUGAUUGCUGGGUUUGUCAGAAUUGGUGCCAAUGAGGAAAUGUUGAAACUUCUAGGAAAAAUGAACCGAUCUGGAUUGAAAUUGAAUACUUAUACACUGGGAAGUGUCCUUAAGGCUUGUUGCCCACAUUUUAUGGAUUCAAAACAUUACGGAAAAGCACUUCAUUCCUGCUCAGUCAAACUUGGGCUGGAUUCAGAUGAUGUUGUUGCUACUGGAUUACUUGUUAUGUAUGCAAAGAGUGGUGAUUUGGUUGAUGCAAUCCAAAUUUUCAAACUGAUACCCAGCCAAAGCGUCAUCAUCUAUAAUGCCAUGAUCGCUGGAUUCCUCCAAGAUGAUACCAUUUAUGAUGAAUAUGCAAAUGAAGCUUUCAAUGUUCUCUGAGAUGCAAAGACAAGGAAUGAAGCCUUCAAAGUUUACAUUCUCAAGCAUGCUGAAAGCUUGUAAUGGUGUUGAAGCUUUUGAGUACGGAAAGCAAAUUCAUGCUCAAAUUUGCAAGAGGAAUCUUCAGUCUGACGAGUUCAUUGGAAGUGCGCUUAUUGAUUUGUACUUUUUGUUGGGUUCAGUUGAGGAUGGAGUCAAAUGUUUUACUUCAACUCCUAAGCUUCAAGGACCUCACCGCCACUGAGCUUCACUUCCCAGGAAUAUCGUCGCCGUUGAAAGCGACACAUAUGCCUGAACCAACACUCGACCGUGACGACCCUGGUUAUUGGGACAUGCUCUAUUUCUGUUCACAUCUUCCAAAAUCAAAUGAGAUCAUAGCCAACACAUUUGAUGACCUGGAGUCAAAAGCCUUAAAGGCCAUUGCUGAUGGCGUGUGCGUUCCUGAUUCGCCAACUCCGCCUGUUUAUUGUAUAGGUCCUUUGAUUGCAGAUGCAGAGGAGCCAACAGGUGAAGAUGGAAAUGAAUGUUUGUCAUGGCUUGGCAGCCAACCGAGUGGAAGUGUUGUUUUCUUGUGCUUUGGGAGCCGCGGAUCGUUAUCGGUGGGACAGGUGAAUGAGAUUGCCCAUGGGUUGGAAAGGAGUGGGCAGAGAUUCUUGUGGGUGGUGAAAAAGCCACCACGCGAUGAGAAAACCAAGCAGGCUGAGAAUUUUACUGCGGAGUUCGAUUUGGAGGGUGUGUUGCCAGAAGGGUUCCUGGAGAGAACCAAAGAUAGGGGCAUGGUGGUGAAGACGUGGGCACCCCAGGUGGGUGUGCUGAGAAAGGAAUCAGUUGGGGGGUUCGUAACUCACAGUGGGUGGAACUCGGUGUUGGAGGCGGUGGUUGCAGGAGUGCCGAUGGUGGCUUGGCCGCUCUAUUCCGAGCAGCACAUGAACAGGGACAUUUUGGUGAAUGAAAUGAAGAUGGCUAUUGACUUGGACCAGAGGGAGGAUGAUGGGUUUGUGAGUGGGGAUGAGUUGGAGAGAAGGGUUAAGGAGCUGAUGGAGUCCGAACAAGGGAGAGAGCUCAGGGGAAAAAGUUUGAAGAUGAGAGAAAUGGCUUUGGCUGCUUUGGUAUCAGCAUCUGGUUCAUCUACCAGAGCCCUGGCCAAGUUUGUUGAGGCACUUGGAUAGCGUUUGGAAGUAAUUGCGAAAUGUGAUUAAAAGGGAAAAUGAUUUU